GUAAUGUUUAAUCGUGAACUUGACGACCGCUUGUGGAAGGGAGAUCAAUGAUAAAGGAAGAACAAACUGAAUGGAAGAGAGUAUUUCCAUGAGAGCUUUUGAAAAAGAGCGAGGUAGAAAUGAAGAUCGAGGACCUUGCUGAGCGUGGCGCAAUGUAAUAUUGAGAACAAGAGGUAAAGUGUAGAAAGGUAGUUAUAGUUGGCCCUCCGACGAGAACAGUAGAACUAUUUAAAAGUAGUAACAUUGCGGCUCGCUGCGCUGUGAAGGCAAAAUAAGAAAGAACGUGAAAAACAGCGAACAGCCCCAAGAAGGUGCACCAUUGGUGAUGAUGCUAAGCAAAUCGCUUUCGGCAAGGCGAUGGAUGACACAUAAAGAAAUUCCAAUAUUACUGGUCCUGGCACAUACAUAUGUACAUCGCAAAUUGAUUCCAACUCGCUGGAAUUGAACCAGGCCUCUAAAGGAAGAAGAACAAAAUGCAUUAGAAACUAAGAAACAGGGCAAAAGAGUACCGAAAGAGAAGAACAGUAGAAAGAAACGAGACCAGACCAGUCCAUAGCAGCGGCAGAUCAACAUUAACGUGUUUCCGAUGCGUUAACGUUGCACAUAUUGCAGUGUGUAAGAAGGAACCAGCAACAGCGAAUAUAAGCAUCGAGAGGAGAGUGAACAUGUGUGUAGUAAUUCAGCCGAACGGGCUGGCAAUAUAAUUUCCUUUUUUCUUUGAUUCUGGUUCCGAAUGCUCGUUAAUAAAGGAAACAAUCAGCGAGAGGCUAGCAGGCAAAAGAUGCCAUAAUCUUAAAAUUUUGAGAAGCAUAGGCCACAAUGUUGUCAAGAGCAAUUUGCAAAUUCUGUACACUGUCCAAAUUUCUGUAUUUAACUUUAAGUUAUUAUUUCACGUAGUGGAUAAGUACUGCCUUAAAUAUGAUAUAUUAAUUGCAUGAGAUAUUUUCCAACUUGGAUUUGGAGUAAUGUUAGAGAAUAACAUAUAUAUAUGAUCCAUUAUUAAUAAUUAUUCGACACCCGAUCAUCGUACUCACGUGGUGACUGAUCGUGGGCACUGCACCUGGCACAUUUGUUUCCAGGUCGUAGAGAAUGGCUUCCGUUUGCUCGCAUCUUCUGAUUACCCAAACGGGAAAGGAGGAAACCGAACCUGACCUUUCCCAAAGAUAUUACUGCUCGUGCCAUUUGACAAUUGACAGCCGAUGUGUAAAGAAGCUUGAGUGUGGCCUCGAGACCAUAUUUUCGAGCACGCUUACGUCAUUUAUUUAUAGCUAAUGAUAACGAAACUAUGGUUAUUCUUAUUAAGGGGCGUUUUCUUCAGAAUUUGUCUUAGUAUUGUCGUGAAUGUGGUCGAAGAAACACCAUGGAGUUUCGAAUUUGUUACACACAUUCGCUGUACAAGAUCCUUGCCUUGUGCUGCAUUUUGACUAUCGCGUUUUUUCUAAUAUAUCCAUUGAAUUCCUCGUGGAAUGCAAAUAAUAAGUUAUAUCCGCCUACCACGCGAGUUUCUCGAGUUUCGAAGAAGACUGAACCGCAGAAAUACUAUGUGAAAACAUCCAAGUGCCACAUUCCCUUCGUUGAUCCUUUCAACGACGAAGCUAUGGAGUUAUACAAACCGGAAACACUAGUCACCUGCUCGAAUGAGACCGAUCUCAUAUCAACAAAAUACAAUAAAGUUAUCAAACGGCAUGUGCUGUAUAUAGACGACGAAGUCGCCCAAAAAUUGCUUAAUUUCACAGAUACUGAUUAUAAUUGCUUUUACCGCGAAAUCAAAUAUGGAAGUCAUGCAGAGACUUACGACAAUCUUAAGGGCAAAAAGUAUUUCACGAGUGGUUACGAGGUGCCAGUCCACGUGGAGGGAAUAAUCGUCGAGUGCCAGACUGCUGAGGAUCCGAUAGUCGUCCUCCAGAAGGACGCCUUCACCUUCAUCCAGCAUCGGCCGCUGCCCAAGGACCUCAUUAAGCCCAGGGCAGCUCGGAAGCCCAGUGUUAUAAUGUACGGUAUUGACUCUCUUUCUCGGAUAAACUUACGCCGAACUAUGCCCAACGUUUUCAACUUUCUCCAGGGCCCAGGAUGGUACGAGAUGCAAGGAUACAAUAAGGUGGCCGACAACUCAUUUCCCAAUAUACUCGCUAUUCUCAGUGGAUAUUCGCCCAGUACGGCAAAAAAAAAUGUGUGCGAUACUGAUGAUGAAGGCUGCUUAGACAAAAUGCCCAUGAUAUGGAAGUAUUUCGAGAAUGCCAGUUAUUUGACAGGAUACGCGGAGGACGAGAGUAAAUUUAAUCAUUUCACCUUCAAAAAGCCGGGAUUCUCCAAAAAGCCAAUGGACUACUACUUUCGACCAUUGCUUAUGGCACUAGAGUCCGAAAUGGAUGAGUACCGAUUGCCGGGAAAUGACUUAAUGCGAUACUGUCUGGGACGCAGGAUAGCGAAUCGUUAUAUCUACGACUAUGCCCAGCAGUUCACGCAGCGUUUUGUGCACGAUCGACCCAUUUGGGGAAUGUUCUGGUCAACUCACUUUAGUCACGACGAUCCAUUUCUGCCGUCGUCUAUGCAGGAAAAGAUUCUGGGAGAUCUGCUCGAUAUGCAUAAGGAUGGAGCUUUCAAAGAAAUGAUAAUGAUAUUUUUCGCCGACCAUGGUGCAAGAUUUAGCAAGUUGACUACUCUGAAGGAGGGCUAUCUGGAGGAGCGGCUGCCCAUGAUGUUUAUAUAUCUGCCCCCAUGGUUCCGUGAGACAUAUCCAUCUUAUGUGAGGGCACUGGAGCUAAAUCAGCACAGGCUUAGUUCCAACUUCGACCUCCACAAUACACUCAAACAUAUCAUAGAGAUUGGAGGUACCCCAGAUGGUCAAAAGCUACCCAAGUCCUUCGACUGCCCCACCUGCCAGUCGCUGUUCUAUCCCCUGCCGGAGAGUCGUACCUGUUCGGAGGCGGGCAUUGAGGAGCACUGGUGCACCUGCGAACCCUACAAGACUAUUACGGGACUGAGUUGGACCACUCCAAUUGCCCACAGUGUGAUCGAUCGAAUGAACGAGUAUUUCGUUCAAAAGAACCUAACAAGCCUUUGCAGCAAUCUGACGUUAGACUAUAUCCAUAAGACUGAGUUGAAAACGGGUCUGAACAUCGAUUGGCACCAAAUGAAAGAAAUGGAAACUGCUGUUUAUCGUACAAAGUUCAAAGUGAAACAGAAUAGUGCUGACUUCCAAGCCACAGUGGUCUUCCAUAAUUCCACCAAAUAUGCCGAAGUAGAUGUGGAGAAAAUCAGCAGAACGGGACCCUACAAAAAUGACUCCACUUGCAUUGAUGAUAAGAUUGCAAAACUAUAUUGUAUUUGUUUUAUUAACCUCAAAAAAGUCUCUUAA